AUACGGUGGAAAAUUAGCUGUUGUCUGUUGAGUUGUUGUGCCUGAGCUGAGGCUGAGACUUGCGUGACUGUUUAAAGGGUCCUUAUUAGGAGCAUGCAAGGUUGUACAGCAUGGCAAUAGGGAUUGGACUCAUAGCCUUCAUCCUAGCUAUUGUUGCCAUCAUAACGGUUCCAUUGGUCCGCUAUGUCAGAGUGUGGAUCAUCUUUAAUAAAUUUCAUGGCCCUCCUGCCAUCCCGUUGCUAGGCAACGCUCACCAGUUCAAGCAGGAUCCAAAUGAACUGGUUGAGCAAGUUAAUAAUUGGGUGGAGGACUACAGGUCUAAGUCCAAGGGACUGAUGCGCCUUUGGCUUGGUCCUUUCCCUUGUCUUUUUAUCUACAAUCCACAUUAUGCUGAGCAAAUCCUGAGUAGUAGUCGUCACAUCAAGAAGGGAUACGUCUACACAUUUUUGGAGCCAUGGCUUGGCUUAGGUCUUCUUACAAGUACUGGUGAAAAAUGGUUUCAUCGCAGAAAGAUGCUUACUCCAACGUUCCACUUCGCCAUCCUGAACAGUUUCAUUGAGGUGUUUGACGAGCAGAGUAAGAUCUUAUGCCGCAAGUUUGACGAGAUUGCUCAAAAGGAGGAGGCGGUCAACGUCUGUCCCCUGGUCACACUCUGUGUUCUGGAUGUAAUAUGUGAGACUGCUAUGGGGAAGCAUUUAAAUGCUCAAGAAGAAAGCAACAAUGAUUACGUGAAUGCAGUUGUCAGAAUGAGUGAUGUUAUCCAGGAGAGACAGAAGAAGCCGUGGUUUUGGCCAGACCCACUCUUUGACAACACAAGGUCAGGAAAGGAGCAUUCCAAGUGCCUGCAGAUUCUGCAUAAAAUGACAAAUUCACUGAUUGAUGAAAGAUCCAAUGAAGGAAAAGAGAAAGUGGAUGGCAAUGGCAAUGAUGGCUCAAAGAGAAGAAUUGCCUUCUUAGAUCUACUGCUGAAGAUGCAACGAGAUGAUCCAAGUUUCACCAAGAGUGAUAUACGGGAGGAGGUGGAUACCUUCAUGUUUGAGGGCCAUGACACAACAGCUGCUUUGGCUUCUUGGGCAUUGUUCCUCAUUGGACAUCAUACCAAAGUACAAAAGAAGUUGCAUCAGGAAGUCGAUAGCGUCUUUGGUGACAGUGACAGAGCAGUAACGGCUGAUGAUCUUCAGAAGCUUCCAUACCUAUCAUGUGCUCUCAAGGAAUCCCUGAGACUCUUUCCUUCCGUCCCUAUCAUAGGACGUGACCUUGAAGAAGAAUGUACCAUCGAUGGUAAGACAGUCCCUAAAGGAACCCUUCUCAUCAUUGCCAUAGGAGCCCUUCACCGAGAUCCCACGCAGUUCCCUGAUCCGAUAGUGUUUGAUCCUGAUAGAUUCUUGCCAGAGGUGUCUUCCAAGAGACAUCCCUUUUCCUAUGUACCCUUUUCUGCUGGCCCAAGGAAUUGUAUUGGUCAACGAUUUGCCCUAAUGGAAGAAAAGGUAUUGCUUGCGAACAUUCUGCGCAGUUUCUCCCUGGAGUCAACACAGUCUCUCAAGGAUACCAUGCCCAUCGCUGAGUUGAUCCUGCGACCCUCGGAAGGCAUUAUCCUGAAGAUCACACGCAGGAAAUAACAAGGAUAAGGUCUUUUGAAAAGCCAUUAAAAAAUCUUAUAUCAAAUUCUUUGGGGUUUUCUCUAUGGUACUGCUUAUUAAUGCAUAGAAUUGAUAAUACAUAUUAUUUUUAUAGCACACUUUCCUUCUUAAUUUAGAUGCUCAAGGCGCAUCAGAGCAAACUACAGAAAGAGAGAAAAAAAAUACAUUACAAGUUCGAAUUAUCCAAGGAUAGCCUCCAAUACAUGUAUGGUUGUCUGUCAAAAACACCAUACUAGUAGGUACAUUUUCAGGUUUUUUUCAAUCAGUGGAAGAGAAUUCCACAGGGCUGGCCCUGCAUGAACAAAGGCCCGUUUCCCCCCAUGAUUUCUUUGACAGUGAGACUAAUAAAUAAGAUUGCAUGUUUCAUAUCAUGUAUGUGUUUGUCACCCCCCUUCAUCAUCAAUUCAGUAUUCUUUUUUUUUCUUUUGUCUUUGCAUUCAAUAUCUUGUAAAAAAGCUCAAUUGUGUGAUAUUUUGCAACAGACCCCCCCCCCCCCCUUUAAAACUGCAAGAAUAUGUAUGGCGAUAUUUGGUAUUCAUGUUUAUAAAUUUUAUUUUUAAAAUUCCUUUUGACAUUAAUGGGAUAAAAUGUGCCUUGAAUAUUAUUUUUGUUUACAUAUUUUGAUACUCUGUAAAAUGUGCCGUCAUUCUGAUUGUUUUAUGGAUUACAUGUGCAUACUUCAUUUGUAAAUACAUGAAAAAUCCUUUUAAAAAUGAAAUAUUGAUUGGAUGUUUGUAUACAUUGUUUAUAUACAUCAUAUUAGUGAACAUUUCCCUAUAUGAAUUUAGCUGAUUUAGAUACUUAAAAGUUGUAUACUUACAACUUACAGUACAGAAAAAUAAUCGAAAGCCUUGUUUUAUCAACAUGUAGUAGUGACAAAUCUGAGUCAGUAUUGAACAAAUCAGUCCUUGCGAUGGAAUUUUCAAUUUCCCUGUUAGAUUUUCUUUAAUCAUCCUUUGUUACUAUAGAAAAUGGCAUCUAAAUACAUGUUAUGGAUUUAUAAAUACUGAUUCAAAUGUCUACUCUCCAAUUUUAAUGUUUAUGUGAGGUAUCUUUAAAAAGUGAAAUGUUUAAAAACGAUCUCUUUGUGUAAAAGUCUUUAAAUAUUUUCUCAUAUAUAGAAAGUGUGUUGACAUCCAGUCUUUAGUGUUAAAUAAAAAAACAUGUUGACUUCAGUGUUGUAGUAAAGGCCAUCCAUUCAUAUACAUGUACAUGUAGUUCCAUAUCUCAUCUUGUAUUGGUGUUUUUUGGUUGUUUCUUUAUUAUAAAUAUUAUUUAUCAAUAAUGUCAUAAUGUGAACUAAGUUAAAUACAUGUUACUUUGUCAGCUGAUAUAUUUGAUUUCAUUAAGAUGAUGGUUCUGGGUUAUUUUUCUUCUGUUCACAAAGCUGCCACUAGUUUAAGAAGUUAAAUUACAUUAAUCCUAGACUGAAAAUGCCUCGAGCUCAGAGCUGACAAUGACAUUAAUUUUGAUGGCACAUGGUGGUCUUUUAUUCUAUAUCUUAUAUAAGAAAUGAACCUUGGUCUCAUUACACAAACUCAUGUUAUUAUUGUGCCUUUGCCAAAAUGAUAAAUACCUUGGUACCUCAAUUUUCAUGUGCUGCAUAUAUCCAUAUUUUAACAUAAUUAUCACCAUAAUGACAAAGUUACAAAUUUAUAUUGCACUGGGACCCUUUUUUAUAAUUGUGCAAUUCAUUUUUUUUUCAAAUAUUGAUUUCAAUAUGGGAUGUUGAUGAAAGUAUAAAGAUACUGUCUUUUGUAAAUGAUGACAAAUCCCCAAAUCUGAAGGUUAUAAUAUCUCGUCAAAACUAAAUCCAAAGCAUUGUCAAAAAUGUUUUUUCAUGUAUAUAAUGUUACGAUUUUGCAAUCAUUUCUUUUUUUCAAAUUCUUCCAAGGAAGCUUGAGUUUGUUUAAAAUUGUUAUGUGUGAUCCAUCAUCAUAGAAAAGAUUGAAUUCGAAAUUAAUGUCACUGUGUUUCCUCAAUUGUAAAUUUACAUGUAUAAUAUUUUGCAGCACAGGAAUUUCUGUGCACUUGUGUCUUGGAGAAUUACAACUGUAUAAUCAGUAUUGUAUGUGUUAUCAAACUCCUUGUCACAUGUGAUGCAUGAGGAAGCAUCGUGGUGUAUUGGUGUGGACUCUCGCCUCGCAAUCAGAGGGACGUGUGUUUGAAUCCCUACGCGGCCUAGCGUCCUUUGACAAGGCAUCAAUCCUCACUUUGCCACUCUCAUAGGUGUUAAAUGGGUACCCGGAAGGAUGAGAAAGCCUGUGUAAUAUGCCUAGCAAUUGAGUCUUGGAACUCUUGUUGGAAUGCUCCCCAGGGAGUAGAGAAAGUGCAUAAAUUGUGUGUGGGCAUGCAAGGAUCCGAUGACUGGGGUAAUAACAAUGAAUUGCAAUGUAAAGCGCUUAGAAACAAAUUGUAAUAAGCGCUAUAUAAAUGUAAGUAUUAUUGUAUCUUAUUGUUUAUAUUUUUGAUAAACUUAUGUACAAAGUACAUGUCUAAUUUUCUAAUUUUGUGCAAUAAAACGAUUCUUUAACACAUCA